UUUAUUACACUCAAAACAACAAAUUUCUCCGUGACAAAGUAAUACUUUUAUUGCACCGUUACACUUAAUAAAUCUGUUGUCUAGUAUUUGCCGCUCAUGAAUCAGCAAACAUUUUUUCAUUUUCACAACCAGGUCUUACCAGCACGCUCUCAUGGGUACUCAGGAUAGCCGAACACGUUAAUACUCUUUAAUUUAUUUAAAAAAACCUCAUAGGCUCGUUGCUUAAAGUAGAGAAGUGGUAUUAUUAUUUACAAAUGUAGAGUUCAUGAAGUGAAAGUGAGACUAACACCAUGAUACCUUUACAAGGGUAUAACUCGCUGAUAUCUUAUAGCAAAGCAAACAAAAACAAGUGAGCCGGUGGCAAUACGCGGCGUGGAAGUUCCCCUUGCAAAGGUUCGGCAUGGCAACUGUGGGAGAGCUGACGAGGAUCGCGGAUGUGGAAGAGCUCAGGGAUCUGCAGAAACUGUAUCUGAAGGAUUGGCCCAGCCACUGCGUCGCCUACUUCUGGCUGGACAAUUACUUGAGAUGGCUUCGCCAGAACCCGACCCUGAAGCACCUGGAGUUCUACACUUUGGACAAUGACUACCGCAGCGAUGGACUGUUCAUACUGAUCCAUCGGUAUCAGCUGUUCUUCAGUAACUUAAGCAGACAAAAGUCGGGCUUGGAAGUCGCGCUGAAACAAUUGGAUUGGUGGGGAGGUUUCAAAGUCAGUGCCAUCCACGAGACCCACCACAAGAUCUACAAGCAGCUGGCACUGGACCUCAGGCUCCACAUGGAUCGGGAAAUGAACACCAUAAUGUAUAUCCUGACCCGUGAGGAGGCUGCGAGAUUGAAGGUCAAGUGCCCGGAGGGUUAUUAUCUGGGCCAAGUGCGGCUGGAACACGCGGAUCUGAUCAACGAUCUUUGGUCAGCUCGUCAUCCUGGUUCCCUGGAGCUCAUUCAGAUGCUUAUAGCGCAUAAUACCAACGUGGGAUUGUUUGAGAAGGAGUCGGGCUCUUUAUGUGCUUGGUGCUUGAGGCUGCAAAGUGGAUUCCUCGGAGCUCUAGAAGUGCUACCAGCCCACCAACGUCGUGGCCUGGGACAAGUAGUAGCCGCCGCCAUUUCCAAAGCCAUUGCAGCCGAUCUUCAGCAGGAUAUCACGGCCCUGGUCAAUAUGAACAACAGAGCUGCCUGUCGAGUGUUCGAGAAACUCGACUUCAGGUUGAUCCAGGGCGAACACUACUACUGGAGCAUGGUUAGGCCAGCAGAAGGUGGCCAGAUUUCUUGGGCCUGCGGGGAAUAGAACCAUGCACAAAAAAGAGAGGAGAACCAGGCUUUGAGAUCAACGAUCAGUUACCAAUAAAUUGUUUUUAGUAUAUGACAUACUUCUGUGGUCGUUUCCGUUGCAAAGGACCAUCAUUCAUUCUUAGGGAGCAAGAGAACUCUUAAUAAAGAAAUUAUUCUUCACACAAAGUACAGAUGAUGCUUGAAAGAACCUUUUUUUUUUAUUUUUCCAUAACGCGACCCCAUAUGGCCUAGCAUUCUUAUUCAAAAAAUUUCUAACUUUAUGCAUAGUUCGUUUGAUAGAAACCCCAACAUUUA